AUGUUUCCUGAUAAAUGGAAAUUUGCUAUAAUAAUUCCUAUACCAAAGUCUGGAAAAGAUCCACAAGAGCCAUCUAACUAUAGACCAAUAGCUCUUACCAGUUGUUUGUGUAAAGUGUUUGAAAAAAUGGUAAACGCACGCCUCGUUCAUAUACUGGAGGAAAAGGAAUUUAUUUCCCCUUUUCAAAGCGGUUUUCGAAAGAAUCGUUCAACAAUUGAUAAUCUUUUGGCCUUGGAAACGGAUAUUCGAAUGGCCUUUAUAAAAAGGAAUCAUUUGGUGUCAGUAUUUUUUGAUAUAAAUAAAGCAUAUGAUCGAGCAUGGAGAUAUGGGAUCAUGAAAAAUCUUUACGACCUUAAAUUUAGAGGGCAUUUACCUCUUUUUAUUCAAAAUUUUUUACACCAGAGAUAUUUUAAAGUGCGGCUUGGGAAUACCUAUUCCAAUGUUUAUUGCCAGGAAGAAGGUGUCCCACAGGGCUGUAUAUUAAGUGUGACACUCUUUGUUUUAGCUCUUAAUCCUAUUUUAUCUGUUGUACCAGCAAGUGUUAGCAAGACGCUGUAUGUAGAUGAUAUGCAAAUUUCUUUCUACGCCCGUGACAUGCGAUACAUUGAGAGACAGCUUCAGACAGCGAUAAAUAAUAUUGUAGAGUGGUCAAAUAAACACGGUUUCACAUUCUCUCCUCAGAAAACAGUUGCAAUGCACCUCUGCAAACGUCCUCUUCAUCCAGAGCCAGAGUUAUUCUUGAACGGUAAUCUAAUUUCCAUUCAGGAUCAGCACAAAUUUCUAGGAAUUAUACUUGAUAAAAGAUUUACUUUCCUUCCGCACAUUACAUAUUUGCGGAGUAAAUGCCUGAAGUCACUAAACAUACUGAGGGUUUUAUCCAAUACUUCUUGGGGUGCUGGUGCUCGAUCGUCUUUGUUAAGAGUCUACCGAAGUAUCAUUCGAUCAACAAUUAAUUAUGGAUGUGUUAUCUAUGGUUCUGCUAAGCAAUCUUACCUUAAACGUUUGAACGUUGUUCAUCAAGCUCUCCGAUUGUGCAUUAAAGCAUUCAGGACAUCACCAGUAGCUAGUUUAUAUGCUGAAGCGUCUGAUCCUCCUUUGUCUAAUAGGAGAUUGAAGCUAUCAUUGUUUUAUUUCUAUCAUGUUUUAUCCAAUAAACGCCAUCCUUUUCAUGAGAAAUUCCAGAAUGACGUUAACGACCGUUUGUUUAAUUCGUGCAAAUCCUACAUACCUCAUUUGGGAUUGCGUAUACGAAGAAUAUUACCAAAUGAUUUUACCGAUAUACAGAUAUAUGCGGAUGAUAGUCCAAAUUCAGCUCCAUGGAUAGAAAAUAAAUUACACUAUAAAGACCCAUUGAAACAAUUUAGAAAAUCUGACACUGAUAGCUCGGUUUUUAUUUCACUUUUUAAACAUCAUCGGGAAUUUUACUGUUCUUAUGAACCCAUUUUUACGGAUGGUUCUAAGUCACCUCAUCAUGUGGGUUGCGCAUUUGUUCAUGGUCAUCGCAUUAUAAGUUAUAAACUCCAUCCUUUUACUUCUGUUUUUACCUCGGAAUUAACUGCUAUUUACUUAGCCCUCAAAUAUAUUGAUGAACAACAGAUCCAUAAGUCUGUUAUUUACACGGACUCUCUGAGUGUUCUGCAGGCUCUAAACUCUUCAUCUCUAGGUCAUCCACUUCUACAGGAAGUGAAGAAGAUAUACCGUCUUCUAUAUUUGAAAAAUAUUAGAGUUUUGCUUUCCUGGAUCCCUUCGCACAUGGGUAUUUCUGGAAAUGAAAUCGCAGAUACAGUAGCUAAGUCAGCGAGUGUAAUUUUGCCCCAACGUAUUUCUUAUAAAGAUAUGCGUACAGCUAUUAUUCAUUGGUGCCAUCGCCAGUGGCAAAAUCAAUGGGACAUGGAAACUAACAACAAGCUUCACUUUAUUAAACCACAAUUGGCCAACUGGUGUUCAAAACUAAGCAGGCGCUAUGAUGUAAUUUUAUCCCGACUACGCAUUGGUCACACUCGUUUGACACAUAGAUUUUUACUUUUUGCCGAACCACCACUAGUAUGUUUUAAUUGUGGAGAUAUUUUAACAAUCCGACACAUUUUAAUAGAAUACGCAAGAUUCUAUUAA